AUCUAGAAUAUUAUUUAUUUGGUAUUAAUGUCACCGUAGAGUACAGCCACACUGUUUGACAUCUUAGGUCAAAGUAGCCUUUAGGCCGAAAUAUAAAUACACCGACACACAAGAUGAGUUUGGCGCAACAGGAGCCAGCCGCAAUAAAUCCACGUAACCCUCAUGGCCUUGGUGAUCCGAAUGACACAACGUUGCGCAAGGUAGAGCGAGAGGUGUUAAUACCAAAAAUAAUGCGAGAUCGGGCGCGGAGCGAGCUGUGUCCAAAAGAAGUGGCUGAUUUUGAGGAAUGCUGCAAGGCCAGCAGCAUAUUCAUGGUGGCCACCUGUCGCAAGCAAAACUCUGCGCUCAUGGACUGUCUUUCUCGCUGGUAUAAAAACGAAGCCUUCAAAGAAGAGUGCAAAGCAAUCUACUUGCAAGAGCGAGCGGAAUACCGCAGCACGGGGAUACCCAAGAAGAAUCGUGUGGAGAAAAUUUAGUUUACUCUUGUUAUUGUUUCUGUUUACUUUGCACAAAAGAUGUGUAGUUAAAACGC